AACGAGAGCGGCCAUAUUUGACAGGUUCGGGGAAGAGCGCGGUCCCGGCGAGUGUUCAAACAGAGCGGUGUAUUAACGGAGUAACAGCGGAACAACAGCGAAACACAGAUCACCCGCCACCCCAGAGACAGAUUCAGACAUGAGGCGGAGUAAAGCCGACGUGGAGCGCUACAUCUCCUCCGUAGAGAGCCUCUCCCCCGCCCGCACACAGAAACCAGUGAAAGGAUUUUUAUUUGCAAAAUUGUACUUUGAAGCUAAGGAGUAUGAGCUGGCUAAAAGGCAUGUAUCUGAUUAUUUAACAGUACAGGUCCGAGAUCCCAAAGCACACCGGUUCCUCGGGCAGCUGUAUGAAAGAGAAGGAGAAAUAGAAAAAGCUGUAGGAUGUUACAAGCGCUCGGUGGAUCUGAACCCGGCUCAGCGAGACCUGGUGCUGAAAGUGGCUGAACUUCUGUGCAGUAAACCAGAGCUGGACAGCAGAGCAGAAUUCUGGGUAGAGAAAGCUGCCAAGCUUUUGCCUGGUCAUCCUGCAGUGUUUGACCUCAGGGAGAAGCUGCUGAGUGUGAAGGGACAGCAGGGCUGGAACCAGCUGUAUGAUCUGCUGCAGUCCGAGCUGCAGCUGCGCCCCUGCGACGCUCAUGUUAACAGCAAGCUGGUGCAGCUCUACUGCUCCGACGGCCGCCUGGAGGAUGCGGCCAAGCACUGCCUGUCUGUGGAGAAAGCGGGACUGCUGAGACACAGCCUGUUCUGGUACACCACAGCCGUCCAGACUAUCCAGGAGUACCUGUCUCAGCCGAGUGUAUCUGCUAAUGAGAAAGUAUGUCGCCGAUUUAAAAAAGAGCUUUUACUGGCUCACUGCAGCCUUCUGAGACUCACACUUUCAGAAAAAGGAUGCCAGGAAAGUGUGGAUGCACUUAAGACUUUUGACCAUGCUAUGCAGUCCUUAAAGUCCACGGCCCUGAGUGUGGCGGACGAACUGUCGGAGGUGUAUACUGAAAUGAAAGGUCAUCUGUAUCUGUAUGCUGGAACACUGCUGCUGAAGAUGGCUGUAGAGAAGGAGCAUCAGUGGAGAGCUGUUAUUCAUUUAGCAGCUUUCUGUUACCUUCUUGCAUAUCAGGUUCCCAGACCAAAGACCAGGCCUGAGAAAGGUGAGCAGAUCUCACCGAAACCUCUGGAGUCGUUAGCCAGCUAUCGUCAGAGCCAGGCAGGCCACAUGCUGCUGAAUCUGAACCAGGAGACGGAGCACCUGGUGACAGAGGUGGUGGAGGUGUAUGGGAACAGGAGUGGGCAGGACAGUCUGAUGGAGAUGCUGUUUGGGUCACAAGGCUCUGCUAGCUCUUCAUUCAUUGGAAACGAUGUCAUCAGUGGCAUUACUGCACAGGCACCUGAUAUACAAGAACUUAACAAGUGGGACAGUGGUUCUAUCGUGCACUAUGGGGAUCUGCAAUACCUGACCUGGCUGGGCCUGCAGUGGUCUCUGAUGGGUGAAAGGCCAGCCCUGAAAGAGUGGCUGAAGCAGCUGUUCCCUCGCCUCACUCUGGAGACCUUUAAACUGGACACCAAUGCCCCCGAGUCCAUCUGUCUGCUGGACCUCGAGGUGUUUCUCUGUGGUGUGGUGUUCACGAGUCAUACUCAGCUGCAGGAGACUGCGAAGAUCUCUGCCAGCUCUCAGCUGCACGAGCCGCGCUGUUUACCCCUGCAGCUCCUCAAACUCCUGUCCUCUGAGAGACAGCGCGAGUGGUGGGAUGCAGUCUACAGCCUCAUUCACAAGAGAGCAGUUCCUAAUAUGUCCGCUAAACUGCGCAUGAUUGUGCAGCAUGGCCUGAACACGCUGCGCGCCAGAGAGAAACACGGCCUUCAGCCAGCGCUGCUCAUCCACUGGUCCAGGCACCUCAGCAUAGCGGGGGAUGGAGUGAACUCUUACUAUGAUCAGAAGGAGUACGUGGGUCGCAGUGUUCACUACUGGAAUGUUGUUCUUCCUUUGCUGGAGAGUAUUGAGAAGCGGCGCAGCAUCGCUGAACCUCUGGAUCCACUGUUUAUGCAUUUUAACAGUAAGGACAUGCAGGCUUCUGAAGUCAAACUCUUUGAAGAGGAGGCCAUGAUUGCGUUUGCCACUCUUCUGGACAUCGAGGGCAAAACUGAUCAGGCCAUCUCCAAACUCGAGAAGCUCAACUGCGUCUCCUCCCACUGGCAUCUUGCUCGGAUCUAUCAGAGGCUUUCUGAAGAGGCAGGAAACGGCGUUGAAGAAACUCAAGACAUGUGCAUGAACUUUCUGCGCCAGUUCAAAAAAUACUUAUCAAAGAUCUACCAUGCCAGUGCAGACGAUAUGGAAAAGCUGCCCGUGUCAAUGGAGGAGGUGAUUGAUUUACUGAACGAGGUGAAUAAUCAGCUCGGAGAGAGCGGAGAGGGGAUGGACCGGGUCGACGGACUUCCAAUGACUUCUAGCCCUAGAUCUCUGGCCGAUCCGACCGUGGCCGGGUCGCACAAAUUCUCCAUGUCCUCUCCAGCCAAGAGUGUGCUUUCCCCCUCCAAAAGACCAGUGUUUUCUCCCAAGACGCCCCCUCACUGGGUGGAGGACCAGAAAUCACUCCUGAAGAUGCUCUGUGACCAGGUCGAGGCUUUAAAGAAUGAGGUUCACGACUUGAGGCACAACACGUCUGAGGGGACAGAGCCUCCGUACAGUAGAGUGUAUACAGGAAAUUAUUCAGGAGAAACCCUCCAGGAGCCUUUUUCAGCACAGCAGACCUUCCAUGGAGUUCCACUUACAGUUGCCACCACUGGACCUUCAGUUUACUACAAUCAGUCCCCUGCUUAUAACUCUCAGUAUCUUCUUCGCCCUGCUGCCAGUGUAACACCAACAAAGGCUCCUGUCUAUGCAGUCAAUCGUCUCCCGCAGCAACACAUGUACGCCUACCAACAGCCGACGCACACCCCGCCUCUCCAGACUGCGUGCAUGUAUCCACAGGAGCAGGUCUUUGGCCCCCCACUGAGGUUCGAGUCCCCCGCCACAACCCUGCUGUCCCCAUACAGCGAAGAAUACUGCAGUCACAAUGCUUCUCAAUCAUCUACAAACCCAGCCCUGCCAGAGCCCGGCUACUUCACCAAACCCCCCGCCAUACCCGCCCAGUCCUGUAAGAGCGGCGAAGGCAAAUCAGACAUGAAGAUGAGCUUCACCUCCCAGAUUCCUGUAGAAACAUCUAAAGUCCCUUCUUUUGGCAGUGGAGCUGCACAGAUGACUUCAGCAGGGACUGCUUUUAAGUUCAAUUCCAAUUUCAAAUCAAACGAUGGCGACUUUACCUUCUCCUCGUCACACUUAAAGAAUAACAGCGAAAGCCUUUUGGGGCUGUUGACCUCAGACAUCCCACCCAGACCUGAGGGACACUCUGCUCUCAAGCCUCAAACACAAGACCAGCCGGCAAGCCAAGGUGGGAUCUUUACUUUCGGCAGUAAACCCGCCCCAGGGUUUUCCUUUACUGACGGAUCCCAAGGCAAGGGCAUGUUCUUUGGAAAACCUGACCAAACAUUUAACUUCGCGAAUACGGCCAAGCCAACGCCUGGAGCAGAAAACGUUGAGGAAACUGAUGAGCGAUGUGUGGAAAGUGAUGGUAGCACCCAUGUUGAAGAGGAUGAGGAUGGACCCCAUUUUGAGCCCAUUGUGCCUCUGCCUGACAAGGUUGAUGUAAAAACAGGCGAAGAAGAGGAGGAGGAGAUGUUCUGUAAUCGAGCUAAACUGUUCCGAUUUGAGGCUGAAACUAAAGAAUGGAAAGAGCGAGGAAUCGGCAGCAUCAAAAUCCUUAAACACAAAAUGUCGGGUAAAUGUCGAGUGUUGAUGAGGAGGGAGCAAGUUCUGAAAAUCUGUGCAAAUCACUACAUCACUUCAGACAUGGUUUUGAAACCAAAUGCGGGAUCAGAUAAAUCAUGGGUGUGGUAUGCUAUCGAUUACGCUGAUGAAAUGCCAAAGACUGAACAACUGGCUAUUCGCUUUAAAACUGCGGACGAGGCUGCGCUGUUUAAGCUGAAAUUUGUGGAGGCUCAGAGAACUGUGCCUAAAGGUGUGGAUCAGCAAAAAGAACCUGAUACCAAGUCUUCUUCACUGCAGGCAUCUGGCAAAAAAUUGGAUCUGAAAACUCAGUUUGCCAAAAAGGAGGGUGAAUGGGAAUGCAGUGUGUGCUGUGUGACGAACAGCCAGUUUGCUAAGACCUGUGUGUGCUGUAGUAGUCCAAAUCCCAAUGACACCACAAAACCCGAAGCUAAACUACCAGGGGCAUUCGGAAACGCCCCCGCUGCUCCUCCCUCUUCAGGAGCCUUUACAUUUGGAAUUAGCGGUAAGGACACCAGCUCUGAGACCAUUUCAAAGGGGUUUGGAGCUCAGAUUCCAUUUUCCUUUAAGUUUGGAACUCAAAAACCUGAAGCACCCUCCAGUCAGACAGAGAAAAAGGCUACUCAGCUGGAUUCUUCCACAGACAGUUCUGUCUCAGAUCAAAGUCCAUCAAAUUUCUCAUUUGGAUCUGGGUCUGGAUCUGGUCUUGAACGCUUCGCUAUGAAAGAGGGUCAGUGGGAUUGUGAUACCUGCUUUGUUCGGAAUGAAGCCUCUGCUACAAAGUGUGUUUCUUGCCAGACACCUUGUAGCAGUGCAAAAAGUCAAGCCGCCCCUCUCAGUAGUUUGUCCAAGUUUGGGAUGAAGGAAGGUCAGUGGGAUUGUGACACUUGUCUAGUAAGAAAUGAAGGAACGUCCAGUCACUGUGUGUCAUGCCAGCAACCCAAUCCAAAAGCAAAGAGUUCUGCCGCCGCCCCAGCAUCAUCGUCUUCCUCGUUUAGCUUCAGCUUCAGUGAUAAACAGAGCCAGCCUGCCUCUACAGUCUUCAAAACCAGCUUUAACCCAGGCGGCACUUUUCAGUUUGGUCAAAGCAAGAAGGAGAGCUCUCCUGCAUCCUUUAAGUUUGAGCCGUCUGCAGCUAAGACUGAAACAUCUUCAAGCACUUCAAGCUCAAAUUUCUCUUUUUCAAUGCCAGCACCUUCCGGAGGGUUUAAGUUUGGCCUUUCGGAACCAGAAUCAAAGUCUGCCUCAAGUUUUCUAAAGAAUAUUGCUGAGCAGCACAGAGAGAAAGAAAAGGAUAUGAGCUCGUCCUCCUCUCUCCAGUCUCUGGACACGGUCAGCAACGAUGACAAUCCGCUCCUCACAGGGAAGCCCAACAGCUUUAGCUUUGCAGAGUUGGCAAAGUCCUCACAGGGUGGCUUUCAGUUCGGCCAGAAGGAUCCCUCCUUUAUAGGCUUUGAAGGAGCCGGUGAGCAGCUCUUCACAGCUCCUUCUCAAGACCAAAGGGCAGAUAUCUUGGAUCAAGAUGAGGAAGAUAUGUACAAAACUGAAGAGAAUGAUGAUAUCCAGUUUGAACCUGUGGUGAAGAUGCCUGAUAAAGUUGAACUCGUCACAGGAGAGGAGGAUGAGGAGUGUCUUUACUCAAACCGCGUAAAGCUCUUCAGAUUUGACCCUGAAAUUCAACAGUGGAAGGAAAGAGGGGUGGGAAACCUUAAACUUCUGAAAAAUAACUCAAACGGUCGUCUGAGAGUGCUCAUGAGAAGAGAGCAAGUGUUGAAGGUAUGUGCUAAUCACUGGAUCACCACCACAAUGAAUCUGAAGCCCCUUUCUGGAUCAGACCGAGCCUGGAUGUGGUUAGCAAAUGAUUUUUCUGAUGGCGAUGCCAGAUUGGAGCAGUUGGCCGCUAAGUUUAAAACCCCAGAACUUGCAGAAGAGUUCAAACUGAAGUUUGAGGAGUGUCAGCGGUUCCUGCUAGACAUUCCUUUGCAGACUCCUCAUAAGCUUACGAAUUCCGGCAGGACAGCACACCUAAUACAGAAGGCUGAGGAAAUGAAGUCUGGGCUUAAGGACCUCAAGUCCUUCUUGACUUAUGAUGGGAAUAAAGCCAAAGCAGAAGAAAGUGGCGCCGCAGUUCCAAGCAGCACUUCUGAGCCCAUGAUCAAGCCACUGUCUGAGAGCGCUGGAACUACUUUAGAAUGGGACAACUAUGAUUUGCAGAAAGACGUUCACGAUGAAAGCGCAGACACGUCCAUAUACGCCUCUCCACUGGCCAGCAGCCCUUUGCAGAAGAACCUGUUCCGUUUUGGAGAAUCUUCAGCUGGUUUUAGCUUCAGUUUCCAGCCUGUACUUAGUCCUUCAAAAUCCCCAGCCAAGCUGAACCAGAGCCGGACCUCUGUGGGCACAGAUGAUGAACAAGAAACAACUCAGGAAGAGGAGAGGGACGGCCAGUACUUUGAGCCGGUUGUGCCCUUGCCUGAUCUUGUUGAUAUUUCAACUGGAGAAGAGAACGAGGAGGUGGUUUUCAGUCACAGAGCUAAGCUGUAUCGCUACGAUAAAGACCUCAACCAGUGGAAAGAAAGAGGAAUCGGGGAUCUCAAGAUCUUACAGCAUCAUGAUACUAAACGCACUAGACUCGUGAUGAGACGCGACCAGGUCCUUAAACUGUGCGCAAACCACUGGAUAAGUUCAGAAAUGAAGCUGGAGCCAAUGAAAGGAACGGAGAAGGCCUGGAUCUGGAGUGCUUAUGACUUCGCUGAAGGAGAUGGAAAGGUGGAGCAGUUAGCUGUGCGCUUCAAAUUGCAAGAAACUGCAAAUACCUUCAGAGAUAUAUUUGAGAAAGCCAAAGAUGCUCAGGAAAAGGGAGUUUCCCUUGCGUCUGCGUCUCCUACAGAGGUCUCGUUGCCGUCGGAGUCCAAAGCUGCCGCCGUUUGUGGUAAAGCUGCCAUUGCAGUGCUUGAGGAGACCACCAGAGAGCGGACUGAACAGUCGUACGAAAGUUGCCAAACUCCUAGUGGGAAAAGCGCAGAGGCUCGCAGCCCUCAAAGCAGCUCCAAAAAUGUGGUUUCGCCCCCAAAAUUUGUGUUUGGGUCGGACUCCGUGCAGAAAAUCUUCGGAAGCCCAGUGUCCUCUAAAGACAUGGCGCCUGGAAGUCCUGCAGGUUCCAGCGACACGACCUCAAGCGGUGCUUCUCACUCCAAAACCUUCGGAAGCAGUCCAGCCCCAACCUCUUCUCCAUUCCGAGUUCCCGAAAGAGGGUUGGAUUUUAGGCUUUUUAAAGAUAACCCAAUGGCAUUUUGGACAUGCACAUCUGCCACCCAGUUUGACUCUGAAGUUCCUUCUCAGAGUCAGCCGGAUACACAGGACGCUGGAGAGCAGAGUGACUCGGAUGUUGAAAUUGUAUUUGAACGAAAGCCGACUAAAGAGCAGGCAGAGCUAGCCCGCCGCCUAAUGCUACCGCCUGCAUUCUUUCAUUACAAAAACGAGCCAGGAUACGUCAGCGACGGGACAGACGAUGAAGAUUAUGAAACUGCAGUGAGAAAUCUAAACGGGAGAUUGUACCCCGACUCGUCUGCACGUCACGCUCGGGCCAGUGGCUCUGUGAGGGACUCUGACUGUGUGCUGGUCUGGGAGAAGAAACCAACGCUGGAGGAAGAGAGACUAGCCAAGAGCCUCCAGCUCCCUCCCACCUUCUUCUGUGGUGCCGGCAGCGAUACAGAUACCGAGCCUGACCGGCCCGAGGACUUCGGAACGGAGCUCCGAAAAGUACAGCAGGCUCAGGGUGAAAUAAAGGGUGAACAGUUUACAUCAUCCAACAAGGAGAGAUCACCUGCAACCAGUACAGAGACCGCCCAGUCUGCUGCCCAGCCUGCCGCUGAUGCUGGCUGCCCCAUUGACCUCUCUAAGAAGAGCAAUGAAGCUGAAUCACUCACCGGCUCAAACAUCACUCAGGAUUCCACUCCUGGUUUUGCGUUUAACUCAGCAGGAGGAUUUUCGUUCGCAGAUCUGGCGAAGAAUUCCAGUGAAUUUGCUUUUGGGACAAAAGAUUCCAGCUUCUCCUGGGCGAAUGCUGGAGCCACUGUGUUCGGCGUUUCUGCAGCAGCUGCAGCCCAAAACGAGAAUAAUGACGAGGAGGGAAGUGAUGAUGAGGCGUCCAACAACGCAGACAUCCACUUCGAACCGAUAGUUUCUCUCCCGGAGGUGGAGGUGAAGUCCGGUGAGGAGGAUGAGGAGAUUAUCUUUAAGGAGAGGACGAAGCUCUACCGGUGGGAUCGGGAUCUGAACCAGUGGAAGGAGCGAGGCGUCGGCGAUAUAAAGAUCCUCUUCCAUCCAGGUAAAAGGUGCUACCGUGUGCUGAUGAGGCGCGAGCAGGUCCUGAAGGUCUGCGCCAACCACACCAUCACGACGGCCAUGGACCUGAAACCCAUGAACACGUCCGCCAACGCUCUCGUCUGGACAGCUAACGACUAUACAGAGGGCGAUGCAAAGGUUGAACAGCUCGCCGCAAAGUUCAAAACCCCGGAACUGGCCGAGUCCUUCAGGAAGUCCUUUACCGAGUGUCAGACCCGUAUCGGCCAGGCAGACGCCACCCUGUCUUCCAGAAUCACAGAGCUUUCCAGACCCAACAACCCCGUGGUGUUCUUCACGGUCUCCGCUGACGACGACGUUAUUGGGAAGAUCACAAUCGAACUUUUCUCUCACAUCGUUCCUAAAACUGCAGAGAACUUCCGACUUCUGUGCACCGGAGAGAAGGGCUUCGGCUACCGCAACUCAGUGUUUCACCGGAUCAUCCCAGACUUUAUGUGUCAGGGUGGAGACAUUACUAAUCAGGACGGCACCGGGGGGAAGUCCGUUUACGGCGGGAAGUUUGAAGACGAGAACUUCGAUGUGAGGCACACCGGACCGGGUCUGCUGUCCAUGGCCAACCGUGGCAGAGACACCAACAAUUCCCAGUUUUUCAUCACCCUCAAAAAAGCAGAGCACUUGGACUUCAAGCACGUGGCUUUCGGUUUUGUGAGGAACGGCAUGGACGUGGUGAAGCAGAUGGGUGAAAUGGGUUCUAAGAGCGGCAAACCCAGUAAAACCAUUAAAGUUGUCGAUUGUGGACAGCUGUAACUCUUUCCUUAACUACACUCCUGAAGCUCAGAAGCCCCUCUCCAGAUAACGCCUACUUUCCCCUCUGACUCGUCCGCUCACUCUCCGUCUGUCGGGCGUGUGCCGGCUCAGAGAGACAGUCUACAGUAGUCUUAUAAUAAACGUGCUGGGGACAGGGGCGGGGACGGGGUGUAAACAGUGGCUUGUUAAAUGAUUAAAAUGGGUGAAAUGGCUGAUGUUGGCUGUUUUACUGCUGCACUUAAAGAAAGCGUUUGAUGGAUACAGGCUGGAGUUGUUUUCUGUACGAGUGUAAUCUUUCUCCACUUUUAUCUAGGCUUCUUGUCCUGCAUGGGUUCUGAAAUGCGUGUUUUGUAUAAUCAGGUCUUUUUGCAGGUGAAGGCUGGGGUUUCUUCAGGCCUGGUUUUCACUGCCUCAUCCUAAACCGUGAUAUUUGUUUGUAACAGUUUGCAGUGAGUUUCCAGAGAGAGUGUGAACUGUGUUCUGUAACUCUCUGGGUGGGACAGUUUGCUGGUUUUGGUUUAGUCCGCUGUAUGUACUCCUGGAUUAAGCAGUGCAAAGUUUGGACUUGGUCUGAAGAGUACAUUUUGUGUGUUUUUACUGUGAAGAGUUCUGGUAAUUAUGCUUUUUUACAUCAUUUAAACUAUUUUGAAUUAUACCUUUCUUCCUUUGUAUUUGCCAAUUAAAAUGUAAACAUUUAA